GGGCUCCAUCACGAGGUCGCCGACCUGCCUCUCCAAAGCCGUCAUUCUUACGGUCUCGGACCCGCAAGAGGCACACGACUCAUUCCCUCCCACCUCUAGCCUCCUCUCUCCUAUCUCUUGCAUUCGACUCGUUUCAACUCGCAGCUGCAGCAGGAGGCGAAAACACGAAGACCUGCCUCGCGUGCAACAACACUCCUUCCAAGCAAUCCAUGUCUCGUAUAUAACGCACUCUUCGAGACACUUCAGCCUCACAGGGAAAGAUGAGCGGCUCAGGCUCGGGUCGCAAGGCCUCAAAUCCGUCGACUCCCAGCGGGCAUUUUGCGUCGCAAUUGUCUUCUUCUCCGCGCUCCUUCGCCAGCCGCAGCUAUGGCGCGACCGAUGCUCGAUCUGAUGCCACGGCUCGCCUCGCGACCCCCGUGCCAGGCAGCUACCUAGGCUCGACACCGCCGCGUGGGCGGCCGACCAGCCAGACCGACGCGACAAACUCUCGCCGCAACAGCCCGUUGCCGGGUGCGGGCCAGAAGGUGCAGGGUCCUGGCGUGUCUGCGCUGGCUGCUGCACUGGCGGUGCCCGAGUCUGGUUCCACACCUCGCCUGGGCACCCCUCCGGUCCGCACAUCCUCGCCUGCGGCUUCAACAGGCCAGGGCCCCGAUGUGCAGACCAACUUUGGCUCCUUCGACGCCUUGUCUCGGACCGCGCAAAGUGGCGGCUAUGGCGCCUACGAGGACCCCGAGAUCAUCAAGCGCCAUCUCGUGCGACCCAAUGAUGCCUCGGACACGGCCUCCAACAACGGCGAAGCCACAAAGGGCAAGCAGGGCGACGUUGUGGCAGACGACGACGACGAGUUUUCGAGUCUGAGGCUACAAGGCGGUGAUAUUACGCGCCAGAUAUACCGCUGGACUGAAGAGGCGGACAGUCGCAAUCGCAUGCAGCGCAGCAAGAGCUUCAGCGCUGCCCGUGAAGAACCUGAGAAUGAGGUUCUCGACAUCAACUCUAUCCGGGCGCCAGGCGGCUUUCGAAGGAACUACCUGCGCAGGACUGCUCGGAGCCCUUCUACAAACCCCCAGCAUCUCGAAUCAGGUGCUAAUGCCCCCAGUCCGGGCCACGGCGCCCAACCCCAGCUCUUUACCAACAGCUUCCUCGAGUUCUUGACCUUAUAUGGCCACUUUGCUGGUGAGGAGCUGGAAGAGGACGACGAAGAUCUGCUACCUGGCGAGUACUUUGGCUCCAGCACCGACGAUAGCGACGCCUACGACAGCGAUGACAGCAGAGAGCCAAUGGAGGACAGUGCGCUCCUGACCCCUUCAAGACGGAAGAGGAGAAGAAAGCCGAGACGCACGAGCGGCAACAACAGUCCGAUCAACAGCGCUUUGCUCCUCCUCAAGUCGUUUGUCGGCACCGGCGUGCUCUUCCUGCCACGUGCGUACUUGAACGGCGGCAUGGUCUUCGCAAACCUGAUCUUGCUCGCAGUGGCCGCCCUCAGCUACUACUGCUUCGUGCUCUUGGUUUCCACAAGACUGAAGGUCGAGGGUUCCUUUGGCGAUCUGGGCGGCAUUCUGUAUGGCAAAUGGUUGCGCAACGUCAUCUUGUCGUCCAUCGUCAUCAGCCAGAUUGGCUUCGUGGCAGCGUACAUCGUCUUCACCGCCGAAAAUCUGCAGGCAUUCAUCCUUGCUGUCUCCGACUGCACCACGUACAUCGGAGUACCUUGGCUGAUCCUGCUCCAGAUGAUCAUCUUCCUGCCCUUUUCUCUAUUUCGCGAUAUCGGCAAAUUGGGUUUCACGGCGCUGAUUGCAGAUGCAUUCAUCGUCCUUGGUCUCGCCUAUCUGUUUUACUAUGAUGUUCUGACCUUGAGCACCAAGGGUCUUGCAGACAUCAUCUACUUCAACAACAAAGACUGGACUUUGUUUAUCGGUACAGCCAUCUUCACCUUCGAGGGUAUUGGUCUUAUCAUUCCCAUCCAAGAGUCGAUGAAGACGCCAUCCAAGUUCCCAAAGGUCAUGUUCUACGUCAUGAUCAUCAUCACCGUUAUCUUCGUCACAAUGGGUGGUGUCUCUUACGCAGCUUACGGCUCCCACACAGAGACUGUGGUGCUGUUGAACCUGCCUCAAGACAGCAAGCUGGUCAAUGGAGUCCAGCUUCUGUACUCGCUCGCGAUUCUGCUAUCUACGCCCCUGCAGAUCUUCCCUGCCAUUAAGAUCACGGAGAAUGCUCUGUUCACGCGAAGUGGCAAGUACAAUCCGUACAUCAAGUGGCAGAAGAACAUCUAUCGCUUCUUUGUUGUGUUCUUGUGCGCCCUGAUCGCUUGGGGUGGUGCCGAUGAUCUGGACAAGUUCGUCGCUCUGGUCGGAAACUUUGCUUGCAUCCCGCUUGUCUUCAUCUACCCGCCUAUGCUCCACUACAAGGCCGUCGCCCGCAGCCGACUCUGGAAGGGUUCCGAUAUUGCCCUUGGCAUCUUUGGAGUCAUCGCCAUGGUCUACACCACCACCUUGACGGUCAUGAGCUGGGUUAACGGCAAUAGUGGUCCACCCCUUCCCAAAUAUUGCGACAGCCACGGCCAGUAACACUACCACUACCACGUGGCAAGCAUGAUAAGUCUGUGCAUGCAAACCACCCACAGCCAUAGCGUGUUUCGUUUCCCGAUGUCCUUUGGGUGCCUCUUUCGCAUGUUUGAUGCAUUGCUUCGCGGGGAUUCUCGUUUUGGAUAGAACCGGGCAGCUGGGCAGCCUUCGAAGCUGACCGUGUUGAGUAUAUCAGGGCUAGAUUGGACGAUUGGCAAGGCAUAUCAGGCGCUGGAAAACUCUUAGCAGUUAAUAUCCUAAAUUGAAACUUUGCCGCUUGUG